GAGCUUUAUUCUUUAAUUGAGACUGGUGUCUUCUCUCGCAGGUUGACCUUGGCCAGCUUGUCCCUUAAGAAAAUUCGCGCGCGAGCACAGCUCCUGCCGGCCGACCUGGCCAACUUGAUCACUAUCCGCGGGGAGAAGCCUGGCUCGUGGUCGGCCGCCUACCGGGUGCUCAUGUAUGAGCGCGGCCUGUUCCUGUGCCGCGGGUGGGCGACGUACGUGCUGUUCGGCUGGCUGCUUUCCGUGCUGACGCUGGUGGCCGCCUUUCAGUGGAUGAACGCCGACAUGCUCGAGCAGGAGCCCGCGCCCGCAGACAUCGUGCACUUGCCCGUGUCGCUGCGUGAGCACUACCCGCACGCGGCCACCUUCCUCGACGAUGAUGGCGCCUCGAGGAACAUCACCCACUACUACCAGCAGCUGGUGGUGCCCCAGGGUCGAGUCCAUAGAAGCAGCAGUACCAGCUCGGGCGAGAGAGGCUUCGGUGGUGUCGAAUCCUCUGAGCUGAUGAUGCACGAAGACCCCAUAACGCGGCUCAUGAUGCCGGUGAACAAAAUGAUGCAUGUGUGGGCGCUGCUGGCACCCCUGGCGCUCUCCCUGACGGUGGCGGUGUUCGUGGCGUUUCCCAGCGCCGAGAGCUGCAGCGGAUUCAUGCAACUGCAGCUCAUGACCGGCAUGCCGGGCUGGUUACACUGCCUGGCCAACGCGUGCUUCGACGGCCUCAUCCUGGUGUGCAUGGCCAUUCCCGUGGCCACGACUUUCGCCUCACACUACGACCUCGAAAUGGCCUCCUACGGUGCGUAA